CUACUUACCUAGGAUAAAUUUUAUCUUGAGCUAUCACAAAUUUGACAACCACUAACUUGGUGACACCCCACCAUCAAACCAGUCAGUCCACAAUAACCUUACCCCGCUUCCUCGUCAUCAUUGUAUAUGUAUAUCAAUCCAACCCUAUCCCAAUCAAUACAUGCGCAGAGAAAUCUAUCUCCGCAAACAUCAAUCAAGUCCACCUAACCUAUCUAAAUCAGACGCCCCAAAAUCCAUCCGAUAAAUUAAAAUGGAAGCUACAUGUCUCUGCGGCGCCAUAACCGUCACAAUCAACGAUUCGGAACUUUUUUCUCGUCCAAGAGGUCACUUAUGUCAUUGUCAAAACUGUAAAAAAACUGCUUCUUCUGGUAUGUCAAAAAGUUUAAUAUUGAUAAGAAGGUACGGUACAAGAUACUGAUAGUGAGACAAGCAUUUGGGAGUAACCUCCUGAUCGAGAGCGAGAAGGUAACGAUUAAAGGAACAGAGAAUUUGAGCGUGUAUGAAGAUUAUGCCACCACGAGCGGAAAAUGCGUGAGGAGGUAUUUUUGUAAAACAUGCGGGAAGUAAGUAUUUCACUAUAUUUCCAGUAUAUAUGCCGUCUCCCUUCCUGCAUACAUCUGUGCAUAAAGUUCCUAUUCCUAUUCCUAGCCCAGAUUAUGAAUGAGAUCACUGACAAAAAUAUUCGGCAGCCCCAUUCAAUCAAUAGCAGAAGCAUACCCUGGAAAUACGAUUCUUAAAAUGGGAAUAUUCGAAAAAGUCAUGGUGCCGGAACGGGAGGCGUUUGUGAAGAACAGACAUCCAUGGCUUUCAGCAAUAGAAGGAGCAACACAAUACAAGUCGCGGGUAGGCGGAGAGGAGAUGUGAUGCUGCGUGAUUGUUAUGGUUAUUUCUAGUGAAAGUAUAAAACCACGGACCACAAAAACCUGAAUGGAGAUAAUAAGCCCUCAUUGGGUAUCAACUUCAGUCCAUUAUAGCGGUGCGUUUCUAUCUAAGC